AUGGCUAGCCAGACCCCCACCGACCCCGCUGCCACCAGCGCUGCUGAACCCCAGACCCUGCCUGACCGCACCAACCCCGCCGAUGCCCCCCAGGGCGAGUCGAAGAAUGCGGCUAAGAAAGCGGCCAAGCUAGCUAAGCUUGCUGCCGACAAAGCCGAUAAGGCCAACAAGCCUAAGCAGCCCAAGCAGCCCAAGGAGGGCAAACAAGAGCCCAAGAAGGCUGCGAAGAAGAAGGAUAGCGGCAAGGAACUCAUCGGUAUCGACGUGGAGAAGGAGUCGGAUUUCCCAGAGUGGUAUCACCAGGUACUCACCAAGGGUGAUAUGCUGGACUACUAUGAUGUGUCGGGCUGCUUCAUUCUGAAGCCCGCAUCUUACUUUGUUUGGGAGGAGAUUCAAAACUGGUUCAACGUGAAGAUCAAGUCCAUUGGAGUCAAGAACGCGAGUUUCCCCCUCUUCGUUUCCGAGGAUGUGUUGCAGCGUGAGAAGGACCACAUUGAGGGUUUCGCUGCUGAGGUCGCCUGGCGGAAACUCUCCCUCGAAAAGAAGAUUGCUAUCCGUCCCACCUCCGAGACUGUUAUGUACCCAUACUAUUCCAAGUGGAUUCGUUCCCACCGAAACCUUCCCCUCCGUCUUAACCAAUGGAACUCCGUGGUUCGAUGGGAGUUCAAGAACCCUACCCCUUUCCUCCGCACUCGAGAGUUCUUGUGGCAAGAGGGCCACACUGCCCACCUUGGCGAAGACGCAGCUCGCGCUGAGGUGCUUCAAAUUCUUGACUGGUACUCCGAUAUCUACGAGCACCUGCUGGCUGUUCCCGUUGUUAAGGGACAGAAGACUGACAAGGAGAGAUUCGCUGGUGGUCUCUAUACCACAACUGUCGAAGGUUACAUUCCCGCCACUGGCCGUGGUAUUCAGGGCGGCACAUCUCACGGCUUGGGCCAAAACUUCUCGAAGAUGUUCGACAUUAAGGUUGAGGACCCCUCCAACAAGCCGGGCGAAGAGAAGAAGCCUCCUCUAUACGUCUGGCAGAACUCUUGGGGUCUGUCGACCCGUACCAUUGGUGUCAUGGUCAUGAUCCACUCCGACAACAAGGGACUGGUCCUCCCACCCCGCGUGGCAGAGACUCAGGUCGUUAUUGUUCCCGUUGGUCUCACCGCGAAGACCACCGCUGAGGAGCGGGAGAAGCUGAACGCCGAGAUCGAGGGUCUUGCUGCCAUCCUCCAGGCUGCAGGCGUCCGUGUUGAGAACGAUCAACGUGAUGGUUACUCUCCUGGCUUCAAGUUUGCUGACUGGGAGCUGAAGGGUGUUCCUUUGCGCCUGGAGUUCGGCCCUGGAGAGUCAGCCGGCCACUUUGUUAGUACCGCUCGUCGUGAUAUUCCUGGCAAGGAGGGCAAGGGCUCUAUCCCCAUCCCCGAGCUGGGUACUGCCGUUCCUGCGCUUCUAGAGACUAUCCACCAGGAUAUGUACAACCGUGCGAACGAGCAAUUCACCACCCACCGCAAGGUCAUCGAGAAGUUCGAGGAGAUCGUCCCUGCUCUCAACGACAAGAACCUGGUCGUUGUGCCUUUCUGUCUGGCCGAGGAUUGUGAGGAUCAGAUCAAGAAGGAGACUGCCAAGAAGCAGGAGGAGAUCUCCCUCUCUGGUCCCGAAGAUGUCAAGGCUCCUAGCAUGGGUGCUAAGAGUCUGUGCAUUCCCUUUGACCAGGGCAUUGGCGGCGCUGAAAUCACCGCCGAGACCAAGUGUAUCAACCCCAAGUGUACCCGCUCCGCUCAGAAGUGGUGCAUGUUCGGCCGCUCUUACUAA